AUGUGGAAUAAAAGAUUUAACAUAGUCAUUUACCAUUUGCUACCUCUUUACCUGGUGACAAAAACUGUUUGCCCCUUUGGUAUACCCCCUGGUGGUACCUUCGAUUACAUUGUCCCCGUUAACACCUCUGACCAAUGGGGCACCUACUGGGUGCACGGCCACUCAUUUGGCCAAUACGUCGACGGUCUGCAAGCACCUCUGGUUCUUCAUCCUCCAAAAGAAGUUGCACAGUACGACGAAGAAUUCACCAUUGUUCUUGGGGACUGGUAUCAUGAAGAACACGCUGUGUUGCUGAAGCAGUUCAUCACCAUUGCGAAUCCUAAUGGUGUCGAGCCCGUCCCAGAGUCUGGAUUAAUGUACUUUGCGCAAAACUCCACCUACCUCGGGCCUAUUGCUGGCUCAAAUCCAGCUUGUGUCACAAGUGCAGUCGAGUUCAAUGAGAAUGCCACCCUGCCUUUCCAACCAGGAAAGAUAUACCGCUUGCGCAUGGUCAACACGGCUGCGUUCGCCAUGUUCUACUUCUGGAUCGAUGGGCAUGAUAUGUGUAUCAUCGAAGUCGACGGCACAGUCGCGGUCCCAUUUUGUGCCAUUGUGCAAAAUCAGUUUUUACGUUUGUCUUUCUAA